CUCGCCUCGGCGCCGCGCCCGGACGAGCCGCACUCAACUUUAUUUCGUGACAACUACAACGUGUGUUAACUUUAUUGCCCUGUGUUUUAUAACAAUUUUCCGGAGUUUCACUUUAAAUUAAUUUGAAUAGACCUUGCAAAUAUUCGUACGGAAAGUGGAAAAUAAACUUAUUUUUUCGGAUUUUUGGAAUUAGCGGACUUUGAACGUGUGGGCUUAAAACUUGGUGGUUUGGCGAUGCGAGUUCGGAAACAUUCGAGAUAGUAAAGUGUUGUCAAAGUUAGACAAGAUUGUUUUGUUUUAUUUUGGGAUUGUGAUGGUACGGUGAGCGGGCGCGCUGGGGGCGAUCGAGCUGUGCGCGGGGCGGGGGUGGCGAGCGCUGGAUGCGGUAGGGGCGGCGAGCGGCGGCGGCGCGGGCCCCGCCGGCGGCGCGCUGGCGAUGACGGUGCAGCGCGAGGAGCGCGAGGCGCGCGCGCCGCGGACCCGCUUCAUGAUCACGGACAUCCUGGACGCGCCGCCGCGCGACCUCAGCGCGCAUCGCGACUCCGACUCCGACCGCUCUGCUACCGACUCACCAGGAGUCAAAGACGAUUCAGACGAUGUGUCGAGCAAGAGUUGCGGAGGCGACUCAUCGGGGCUGGUGAAGAAACAAAGGAAGGCGAGAACAGCCUUCACGGACCACCAGCUGCAAACCUUAGAGAAGUCCUUCGAGAGACAGAAGUACCUCAGCGUGCAGGACCGCAUGGAACUGGCUGCGAAACUAGGACUAACAGAUACGCAGGUCAAAACCUGGUAUCAGAAUAGAAGGACAAAAUGGAAGCGACAAACAGCGGUCGGGCUUGAACUUCUAGCUGAAGCCGGCAACUAUGCAGCCUUCCAGCGGCUUUACGGCGGCUACUGGCCGGGAGUGCCGGCGUAUCCAGCGCAACCAGCGCCCGCAGCCGCUGACUUGUACUACAGGCAGGCCGCUGCAACCGCUGCAGCCGCUGCGUCGGCCAGCGCUAACACGCUGCAGAAGCCAUUGCCUUACCGGUUAUACCCCGGUGCACCGCUAGGAGGUGUCCCGCCUCUCGGGCUGGGCCUGCCAGGGCCGUCAGCACACCUCGGCUCCCUGGGUGCGCCGGCGCUGGGCGCGUUGGGCUACUACGCGCAUGCGCGUCGGACGCCCUCGCCGGACCUCGACCCGGGCAGCCCCGCGCCCCCGCACCGCUCCCCUCCCGACACCCCCGCCGACAGGCGCUCCGACGAUGAAGACGACGAUGAGCCCAUACAUGUAUAAUGUGAACAAACCUAAAGUGAAAAAUUCUAUCCGAGUGCUUAUAACUUUCCCAAGAACAAAAGUGUUAUCAAAAACAAAGUGAUAAACUCUAUAUUGAUGAGUGCUUUGGAUAUAAAGAAAGAAGCCAUAGUUCGGUCGUCUUACCUGUUUGGUUAUGGUUUCUCUUGACUCAGUUUCGUCCGCUGCACUAUUGUUUUGCACGAGAAUUUCCCGUUCGGAAAUGACCUGUAUUACGAAUAUUAUUUUCUUGAGACGGACAUUGACUGUCCGGGAUAUUAUGUGAUAUUAUAAGCCCAGAUUUGAUAUAAGAACUUGUAAAAUAUAAUUGAUGUUGUGUUAACUACUUAUUGAUAAACUAGUGAUUAGACAAAGCUUUGUAAGUUACAAUAGAAAGUAAAUAAAUAAGCUGGAAUGGAAACACUCCGCUGUCGAUUAAUUUAUAUGUAAGAAAUGUUCCACAAGGUUCUCCACAGUGUUGCAUCUUCGUGAUAACAAAAUAUUAUCCAUAGAGUCGUAAACAAUACCAGUGAUCUACGAUUGCCAUCUCGCGAUCUCAUCUCAAGGAUUGAUCUGUCUUGACUCACCUACAGCCUUCGUUUUUCGACCACUAUAACGUGCCCUCAGACGCCAGUCUAUAGAUUUAACUUGUGUUAAUUGCAAUUCCGUAUGAGAUAUUUUCAUAACGAUGAGAUAACGAGAUUGAGUCUACACAAUUACGUAAAAGAUGAUUGUUUCGAGAGCAAUGUCGGAAACUUUGGCAUUAUGUAACAAACAAAAGAGGAACGGCAAUCGUUAGCGACAAACAAAUGAAUGUCACCGCGAGUGAUAUCAUAUUAUGAGCGUGUGAUGUGGCACUGCAGCACCCUGUAUAGUACUAGUGAGUCGGAACAACGCCACGACAUUGUGCAAACAUACUGUAUAUUAUAUUAUAAAUAUAUAACUAUUCAUAUAGGUACGAUGUAUGUAUUGUUAGUAUUAAAUACACAACUUAAAGUAUUAAAUGUAUGUAAUAAAGUACCUAAUGCUAUAAUAGAAAUAACACAGCGAUGUACUUAAGCAAUCAGAGAUGUGGCAUUUUAUGUCCCAUAGAUUUUGUGGUGUUUUGUAAUUAAAAUGUUGUCAAUUAAAA